AUGUCAGAUGAAGAAGAAAUCACUAGCAAAUUAGCACCUAGUUCAAAACAGAUUUUAGGAAUUAAACUUGAGGACAUGAUUUAUGAUGAAACCAUGUCUUUUUUCACAUUUUCAUUUUACUUUGAAUUUAGAUUAUAUGUACUGUUAGGGGCACUCCUCUUAAAAAAUAACUUUGAAAUUGUCCAAAAAAAUCAAUUAAUAGUGUAUGGUGAUAAACUUUUUGCAAAGAACAAAUCAAUAGAAGAUCUUCUGAUCACAGAUUUUAGUCACCUUUUUAAUGAAACCAAUGUUAUUAAUUUUUCCUUUCCACCAUUACCUUCUUAUUCAACUAAUAUGGAAUCAUUGGGCAACUAUUUUAAAAAAUGGGCUGGUACAUACUUAACAUUGCUCGUAAUACUAGCAGAAGAGAAUGAACAAGAUAAAAAAAUACCUUCAUCUUAUAAAGCCUUACAUGGUUUAGUGAAGAAAAAAGUCAAAUCCAUUUUAAGAAUCAUGAACAAUGAUAUUGGGUAG